UUUAGCAGAUAUCAAUUAAUACACAUAUUCUAGCUAGCUAGCUAUAUAGCAUGGCUCUUACCAAGUACUCAUUAGUUCUGGCACUAAUGGUUGUAAUGUUUUGCUACUUUGACCUUUGUUUAGGGUUUAAACCUAAGAAAUUGAACUUGUCAGCCAUUGGCACUGCUCAUUGGUACACCGCCGGCGCAACUUGGUACGGCAGCCCUGAUGGUGCCGGAAGUACUGGAGGGUCUUGUGGGUACGGCAAGUUGGUAUCACGAAGUCCAUUCUCGUCCAUGAUUACUGCAAUAAGCCUAUCUCUCUAUAACUCAGGCAAAGAAUGUGGAGCCUGCUAUCAGGUGAAAUGUACAAAAAGCCAAUAUUGUUCAGGCAAACCGGUGAGGGUGGUCAUAACCGAUCUAUGCCCCGGAGAGCCAGCCGGCUCUGCUCAUUUCGACCUCAGUGGAACUUCUUUUGGUGCCAUGGCACUUCCUGGCCAAGAACAGAUGCUACGAGACUUAGGAGUUUUAGAUAUUCGAUUUUCACGGGUGGCAUGUGACUAUUCAGGAAAAAGAAUAGCUUUCCACGUUGACAAAGGUUCAAACUCGAACUACUUCGCAAGCGUGGUCGAGUUCGAAGAGGGAGAUGGUGACCUUGCAUCUGUGGAGUUAAAGGAAGCUUCGUCCAAAACAUGGCGAGCCAUGCAGCAAUCAUGGGGCGCCGUUUGGAAACUGAACGCUGGCUCACAGCUACACCCACCUCUCUCAUUGAGGUUGACUUCAAAAUAUUCUGGCCGGACUCUUGUCGCCAAAAAUGUCAUCCCAGAUGGGUGGAGGCCCGGUGCCACUUAUAGAUCCUUGGUUAAUUAUAAUGAAUAAUCAAUUAUCAAACUCAACUCAAGUGGUCAUUAUAUAUAUACCAUAUUAAUUAGUAGUAUGCAUGAGUUUUAGUAGGGUGCGAUUGCUAGAGCUGUUUGUGAGAUUAUUAUAUAGUACUAUUAUCUGGCUUGUUAAUUGAGAUCAAAAAAUGAUCUUUCAAACGUGUAAACGUGAUUGAGUAAUGUCACACAUGUCCUAGAAUGGCUAUGCUUUUAUAGUAAUAAUAUAUAUAUAUAUGAAUUGUUAAAUCUGGAUAUUCAUAUAUAUAUAUAUAUAUAUAAGCUUUUGAGAGGUAUAUGCAUGUGACAUUGACUUAAAUGUUUAAUUUUUUUCCUUUUGCACUUCUUGACUGAAAAGUGUGGUAAAAGUACCGAGGGAAGUGAAUAUAAGUUUAUGUGACCAAAUCAAGAUCACGUAUGUGUCUAAAUUAGGUUUUUCAACUCAUGUUUUAUUGAUAAAGAGUUGACACAUCUUAAAAGUGAAUAUAAAAGAAAU